AUGCCGCGCACCCCCGCUCGCGCCUACCGCUCCCUCGCGCUCAUCGCUCUGGCCGCAGCGGCCAGCGCGCUGUCGCUGGCCCGAGAAUCAGCGCCGAAUCUUCGGCGGUCGACAAGACUGUGCAUCUAUAUCCCGCUCGCGGUGCUCGUCUCCAACUCGUCCAUGAACGCGCUGCGUCCGCCUCUGCCCGGGCAGCCUGUGUGGCGCUCAACCGCGACCGGCUUCACCUCCAACCCUGGCGUCGCCUCGGCUUGGCAGCACCGGGCCUCCCUGCACUGCGCCGCGCCUGCCAGCUCCCUCGGACCAGUUGCGGGCGUGGGAUCUGGCGAGGCGGCGGACGGCACCGAGGCCGCGGACGGCGCUGAGGCAGCCGGCGCGCUGUCGUGCCCGUCUCGCGCUGUCGUGCCGGACUCGCUCUCCUCCGUGCACGCGCUGCGACCGCCGCUGCCCGGGCAGCCGACUUGGUGCUUGGCUGCCGCGUGUGUUGGCUUCCCCGCCAACUCCGCUGUCGCCUCCCUGUACUGCGCGUCGGAUGCCGGCUCCCUCGGACCGGAGGCGGGCGUGGGACCUGCCGUGGCGGCGGACGGAGCCGAGACCGCGGACGGGCAGCGCAACGUCAGCAGAGUCAACUCGAGUGUCAACGGCCUACGACGAGGAGGCGCCGUUCUCGCGUCUCCCGUCCCCGACAACUCCGACAUGGACAUCUUCGUUGGCGGCACGCCCGUCAACGAGACCAUCGCCAGCCUCUUCUCUUGCGACGCCUCGCCGCCGCCCGCCGACGAGGACUCGCGAGUGAGCAUCUUCUCCGUCAUUUACACGCUCAUCGUCUUCGUCGUGAAAUUGUGUCGGAUCGCCGCGCUCGCCUUACUCUCAAUCAUGUACACGCUGGUCGCCUGCCUCGUGGACAUGCUCCGGGCCAUCGUCUUCACCCUCUGGCGGCGCACGGCAUGA